GAAGAGAUGCGUUGGUUUUUCCCGAUCAUCCGUCUCUCUCUGAAACUCCGACGUGCACCUGACCUUUCGCUCUCCACCUUCAUCUAAAUAACGUAUAUAAAAGGAGAAGAAGGAGAACGGAACCAUAAGACUCCUUCGAACGCCAACAGAAAUUCGCUCUCCUCGUGUAGCCAGUCUAAAGAGAACUUGGAGAAAAGUGUAGGUUUAGUGAAAAGUCUGCUUUUUCGAAACAUAAGGCUCCUAGAAAGGAAUGUGAACUGACACUCUUUUUAUUACAAAAUAUAGUAUUUGGAAUUUCUUAAAAUAGGAACAAUGCAUAGGCGAGUCGCGCAAAUAAUUUCUAUUUUAUUGCUGGUCAGUAGUGUGACACCCAGUGCAAUUCCUAUUUGGGAAAUGCUGACAUACGAAGAAAAGAUGGGAAGACUGAUGUACCUGUUUGUCCACCUUGUCCAGCGAUACUGUAAGACUCAACCUUCAGAAGACUGCAGAAAAAUCAUGACUCUGCAUGGAAUUUCGAAUCUGCUGAAUUACGAUGAACACGCUCUCGAUCUGCUGGAUCCGGAUCAGAGGAAUGCUUCGGAGCUAGUGUGGCAAGCUGCUACCAAAUCUAGGUACAAAUUUCCACCUGAGAAAAGCUAUGACUAUGAAAAAGAUAACGGAAAAUCAUCAGACGAUUACGAGCUCAACCAUUCCGACAGCAAUGAUGAACCACAAAGGGUUGUUGUUCCUGCUCCAUAUCCUUUCAACAGGAGGAUGUACAUCUAAACUCAUCCUAUGAAUAGCACUAUGUGCCAACACAUUUUUGUAAAUUAUAUCGCCUGCAUACUUCAUUUUUCAGUUUUAUUUAAUAAACAUUCAUUUUUAGAAAA